GGGGGCGAUGGUGGAGUCAAGCACAACACUAAAGGACAUUUCAAGCCUUUGAAAAGGGAACUGGAACGUUGCUGAACAGGGUGGGGUUGGCACCUGCACAUAAAAAACCCUCCAAAAUUUCCCAGGGCGGGCACGAUCGCUGGUUCGCAAAAGCUAGACUCAAAAUUCGAAGGUGUGCGGUCGAUUUUUGGCGUUUCGGCUCUCCCCGACCAAGUACUAAGGUACAGUUUUUUGCGGAUCUCUUGCCAGGCACACGGUCAUCCACCCUUCGUCUGAAAGACAAUUUGAUUUCUCCACUACCCCCUCCCAACCAACCAAAAGAUAUGGGGCCGAGAAGGAAAAUACAAGGAAAUCAGCAAAAGAAUUAUGUUAUACUGAAAUAAUUUCUCUCAACAGAUUAUUUUUACAGCCUCCCAUUCCUCUCAAUGCUUAUUGCCUGUCCAGCCCAUCUUUCUGUUUCCAUGCUGGCUUGCGAGGUUGUACCCAGACAAUGCGUCGUGCUGUGUCAUUCAGUAGGGACUGGAAUCUACCGGACCCAACGGAAUACUUAGUAAAGGAAGCAGCUGCAGAUGUAAUGGUCGUCUUCUUCCACGAAUCCUUGGAUCAUGGAAAAGCUACAGAGGAUUGUGAAACUACUAAGGUUUACAAACAGCGAAGGAGACAGAAAACAGGUGGAUUUCCUGGAGGUUAUUGCCGAACCCUCCACCACUCACAGUUUCGACAGGGUCUGGGCCUGGAGUCAUGUCGCAUUCGAGGUCUGCAAACUGUGGAGUUAUCGUAUCAUUUCUCUGCUCUGUGCCAUUCCUGCCUCCAUUCUCACCGGGUGCCUCUUCUCCUUCGUCACUUGUCUACACAUAUGGUGCCUGCUGCCUUGUGUGAGAGUCUGUCUCCUCUGUCGGCCUACCUGCCAGGAGGUCUGCCACAGCCUGAUGGACAUCAUUGUCAGCCCAUUUUGUACCAGUGUGGGCCGCUGUUUCCGGAGAGUUCAUCUUACUGUGGCCAGAUACUAGUUCCACUCCCUCCCCACGCAUCCAGCCUGAGGUCUGUGCCAGUCCUUGCCCCAAGGCCCAGAUCCCAUCUUCUCACUCAAUCCCAGACAACAGGCGUCAGUCCCAAACUCUUACUCCUUCUCCCAGACUCCAGGACCAUACCAACACUCCCAGAGCCCCUACCCGCUCUCCCAGGCCUCAGGCCUGUGUCCCCCACGACGGGCCCCAGUCUCCAACCCUCACACUCAGGCCUGUUCCACUUCUCCCAGGGCCCAACAUCCCCCUCGUCCAGCUCUGAACCACUGGAGGCCUGGGGAGGAAGCCGGGGAUCGCCAGGCUGAGUUAGGUCCCCCCCAGCCUCUCUCAGUGGUCGGAGGACGGGUGUCUGGGAGUUAGUGAGAGGGCGAGAUCUGCCAACUGAGUGCUGACUGCUACAGGCCUCUCAGCGGUCAAGCUGACCCGUACACCUCGGGCCCCACCUCCGGCCACAGCAGACAGAGACAGGCCAGAACAGGGCCAGAGUGUGGGGAUGGGAAGUGAAAUCAAGAACAGGAUGAGAAGACAAUGAUCCCUUUGAUUUAAUGUUGACAUUUCACAGCAAUUCUCCAGCAUCCCUGAGAAACUCAGUCCAGGCAGUCUGCGAUAGGGAAUCUGCAUUGGCGUCAGGAUCCAGAGGUGAUCCCCUGGACUUGGUCCUGCUCCGUCAUUCAGAACCUCCUACUCCCACCUCCCAUUACAUUGUCCAAAUCCAAACCCACCGAAUGGGGUCCUGUUCAUCCAGACCCCCCUGCGUCCCCCUACACCCCCUCCGUCCCCCAGAUCUCCUCCCUAUCCCCGUCACACCCUCCGUCCCCCUACACCCCCUCCCUAUCCCCGUCACACCCUGCGUCCCCCUACACCCCCCUCCCUAUCCCUGUCAGACCCUCCGUCCCCCUACACCCUCCUCCCUAUCCCUGUCAGACCCUCCGUCCCCCUACUCCCUCCUCCCUAUCCCCAUCACACCCCCUCCAACCCCCUGCACCCCCUCCCUAUCUCUGUCAGACCCUCCGUCCCCCUACACCCCCCUCCCUAUCCCUGUCAGACCCUCCAUCCCCUACACCCCCUCCCUAUCCCCGUCACACCCCCUCCAACCCCCUGCACCCCCUCCCUAUCUCUGUCAGACCCUCUGUCCCCCUACACCCUCCUCCCUAUCCCCGUCACAACCCCCUGCACCCCCUCCCUAUCUCUGUCAUCUCUUGUGACCCCCAGAGAUCUCUGUGCUGCUCUGAUCCCGGCCUCUUGAGCUUCCCCCAAUUCCCAUUGCUCCACCAAUGGGGGGGGUGGAGUUGUGUGGUUGGUCCUUGCCCUCUCGGGGAAGUUGAGGUCACUGCUAGCCAUGAAUUUGCUCCUGAACUCUCUCCACCCCUCCCUGUGAGAUAGUUUAAGUGAGUACCCCCCCCCUCCCCUCCCCGGGGCCUGGUUGUGUUUGGAUUUGCUCUCAGACAUUUCCUGGUGUUAAAGGUGUGACAUGAAGACCAAAUGUUGUAUCUGUGAGAUGGUUAAACAGUUAACUAGUCGCUGUUACAUUCUCUGCAGGUCUGCCUUUCAAAUGUGCCGUCCAGGACUGGUGACCCUGUACGGUUUGUGUCAUAACCCAAUAAAC